AUGAGUCAAGAGGACACCAAAAAGAAAAAACUAGAGUUUAAUAAUCCAUCGCCUACCCGUCAGCCAUUAAGUGGUACAACUUUAAAUGAAUCAUUAUCAACCCCAACUAAGCCGUUGUCAUCAAGUGGGUCGACAACAUUAUCUCCAAAUACUGAAGAGUUUACUUCACCAACUAAAUCAUUAAAAUCGUUCUUUUUCAAAAAUAGAUUAUCAUCAUAUUCAAUAGAUUCGAUAAAUGAAGAACCUGAAUUAGAAAAUGAAAGUAAUGUGGGUACUGAUUUAACUCCUACAAAGUCUCCCAGAUUUAGUUUUAAUUUAAGACCUAAAUUUAUACGAUCAAGAUCAUCAGGUUUAGGUUCAGAAUCAAGUAGUUUACCCCAACCAUAUCCAAUAUUAUUACCACAGCAAAAUUAUUUAAAACAAAAGGCAAGUGUUGAUGAUUUUGCCGAUACUGAAUCUGAUGAAUCAAAUGAAAAUGUUGAAAAACAAUAUGAUGCAGAAUCUAUAGAUUCAAUAUUACAAGAAUAUGAAAAAGAGACACAACCUGUUAAUAAAAAAGAUUUUGUAUUUCAAGAAGAGUUUGAUGAAACUUCAAUUAGAGAAAGUAGACCAACUAGUGUUCAAUUAACAAAUGAAGAAACUGAAGAAUUGAAAAAUGAAAUUAUAACACAUGGUUCUGUAAGAUCAAACACCAUGCUUAAAAGGCUAUCUCAUAAUUCUCCAAAAUCUGAAAAUAUUGAAGAACAUAGAUUAAGUGCUGGUGAUAGCAUUUUGAGUUCUACUUCAUUGAGAUAUAAAAUUCAUAAAAAUAAAGUUGAACCAAUAAAUUCAAAUAAACGAAAUUCCUUAAGAGCUUCAGUUGCAUUUAGUGAUGAUUCUGAAACUACUAAUCAAGGUACUCCUACCCAACCAACUUAUCCAGAUCCAACAAUUACUCCAUUAGCUACACCAAGAAAAACAUUUAAUGAAACACCUUCAAGUCAUAAUACAAACCGUACAUCGAAUUCAUCAGAACAGCGUCAAAGUUUUUCUAUAAUAGCUGGUCUGUUACAAGAAGAAACAAUGAUAAAUCCAACUUUUGACAAUCACACACCAACUGAAACAUCUACUUCACACAUGUUUACUGAAACUAUGUUGAAAGAUUCAAAACAUCAAAGUGCAGUUAGAUCAUCAAUUUCAUCAGGUGAAUUAUUACAAAAUUUAGAAAGUUUUUAUGAUCACACAAGAAGUAGUAAUUCAGAUUCAUUUAAAAGACAAUCUGAUGUUAUUUCAAGAAACUCAAAUAUUGUAGAGUCUAAAGUUGGUGUUCCAAGGAUACCAUUACCUCAAAUUAAUGAUAUGACAGCUGGUUUGGAUCAGACAAAUGAUUUACCAGUAAUGUUGUAUAAAGUUCAAGAUAAAAAUUAUGAUGAAUCAAAGAAUAGAUGGUCAUAUUAUGAAAAUAGAAAUAGUCAAAAUGAAAAGCAGUCACCACCACAACCACCAAUACAAGAAAUACCAAAAAAACCAGAAGGUGCAUAUACAAAUAAUGAUAUUCCAAUAAGUACUAGAUCUGCAAUUAGAGAUUCUGCAACACAUUCCUCCAAUGAAUCAACUACAUCGUUACAUCAACAAAUUCCACAUCAAGUAGAAGAUAGAUUAGUAUUAUCACAACCAAAGAAGAAUAUAAUAUUGAAUGAAAAACAGUUUAAUGAUUUACCUUAUUUACCAAGACAAUAUGAAGAAAAAGUACAAGAAUAUAAUAUAGUAUAUUAUCCGUGGUUACAAUUUAUUUUGCUAAUGUUAAUUGGAUUAAUUAUACCACCAAUUUAUUUAUUAAUAACCAUUGGUUUAUUUGAUGAUAAAUUUAGAUCAAAUUUGUUUUAUGGUGGUUUACGUUAUUAUAAUAAUAAUAAAACAAAUGGUAUAUUAAAUUUAAAGAAAUUUAGUAAGGCUCAAAAGAUGAUUUCAUUAGUUAUGUUUUUAUUUUGGGUUUCAGCAGCACUUGCAAUGAUUGGAGUUGGAAUAGGAUUAGGAUUAACUAGAGAUUAG